UGACCUUGAUGCGCAUCUAAGACGAUGGGGCCAGGUAUGGAAGAGGUAGAGGGACAGGUGUGAGGAUAAAUUAAGCGCAAUUUGCGAAAGGUAAAGUCUCCACCUGGCUGCGUGUCCUUCCCCCUCUCCGCCUCACCCCUCCGCUAUACAUAGACCAUACCGGAGCUACUACAGCACCCCCCGAGCCGAGCGUAACAGUCGGCUUCAGUCAAGCCCACGAAGAGGUCGUGUUGUGUUCAGUGUGUGUGUGUGUGUGCAGCAGUUCGACACCCAUGGUCCGCCAGUGGCUGAGAUGGGGCUGCAGCCCCCAAGUCAGGACGUACGUGUGUGUUGAUCACGUCCAAUUAUUGUGCGAUCAGAGGACUAUUUUCGCUCAUCGUUUAUCCAGAAUUCGCACGGGUCUAGCCGGCGUUCUUUCAGGCCCAGGGUGGCUCCAGAGGACCAGCCCAAUGUGUCAUCCAGUCCUCCUAUUGGUUCUUCUAACGUCUCUUCUUUUCAGGUUUACAGGAGCAUGUUCUUCUCGUUCUACACCAAAGCCACGAGCUCCAUCACCUACUAUGAGGCCAAAUAUUACCUUCCAGACAUAUGCAUGUCCAGAAGCAUACGCUAAAUGGUAUUGCCUGAACGGAGCAACAUGCUUCGCAGUUAAAAUAAGAGAUUCCAUUCUAUAUAAUUGCGAAUGUGCGGAUGGAUAUAUGGGGCAGAGGUGUGAGUUUAAAGAUUUGGAUGGCUCGUACUUGCCGGCCAGAGAAAGAGUGAUGAUCGAGAAGGCAAGUAUAGCGAGUGGAGCAGCCAUCGCCAUUUUAUUGGUUUUUGUCAUUUCUAUAGCCUUCUACAUUUACGUCAGGAGAUGGGGUCGAAUUAAACGGUUAACACCGGUGGUUAUCACGCACAGAAAGUACUUUCUUACACAAAACACUUUGCGUGACGUUUGUUGGCAUCACGCUGUUACACUGGAUCCGGAUCCAGGUUACAGCGGGAGUCACACACGAAUUCAAACCAUAUCCACACCCUAAUUACGUGGAAGAAAUUGAAGGAGGAGCAAAAAAUUAUAAUAUAAGAGAAAAUCUACUGAGAAAAUGCAUUUGAAAAGGGGUGAAAGCAACCAUUAAUCAGUGUGAAAAUGGCUACAGAGACGAUACUUGGAGUGUAAAUAAGAACUCUAUGAACUGUCGUCUAAAUUCGGAAAUAAGCCAUUUUCAAAAAUGGAGGACUUUGUCGCCCAAUAACUGAAGGAACGACCAAAAACCUAAAAAAAUAUAUUAUUAUUUUAUAUUAUUAUUAUUAUUAUUAUAAUUAUUAUUAUAAU